CAUAUCUUUCUAUGAAAUAGCAGGCCAAAACAAAAACCAAAGCCAAGGCUUGAUACACAGCCUUUUUUUAUUCUUGCCCACAUCAAGACUCCAUGGACUCUGCUUUGAACUUUUCACAUCCGCAUUCAAUCAUCCCAAAAUCCCAUAUUUUCACCCUUUUCAUGUUCUGAUAGUUGAUUCAGAAGAGACCCAUUUGUUUGUUUUCUUUGGGAGAAAAUGGAGAGGUUUUGGCUUGGGAGGGGCUAUUUGUUCUUGCUGCUCUCUUUGCUGUGUCAAAGUUUGGAUCUUGCUGCUUCUGUUAAUGAUGAAGGAAGGGCUCUGUUGAGGUUUAGAGAGAGAGUUACAGCUGACCCUUGUGGAGUUUUGUUAAAUUGGAUUGAGAGGGAUGAUGAUCCUUGCAAUUGGUUUGGAGUGGAAUGCUCUGGUGAUGGAAGAGUUGUUUCUUUGAUCUUGAAGGAUUUUCUUCUCGAGGGGAUACUCGCACCUGAGCUUGGGAAACUUGUCCACUUGAAGUCUCUUAUUUUGCACAAUAAUUCUUUCUGUGGAACGAUCCCAAAAGAGUUCGGUGACUUGCAGAAGCUUGAGAUAUUAGACUUGGGACAUAAUAAUCUCAGCGGUCCAUUUCCUUCUGCUAUUAGCAGCAUUCUGUCCCUGGAAGUUCUUGUAUUAAGAAGCACUAGGUAUACAUCCAACAUACCCCCAGCACUCAAUGAGCUCACUGUACUCUCUGAGCUUCCGGUUGAUGAACAGGAAUCAUCCUCAAAUAGGCUUGCUGUUAAAAGGAAGAUAAAGAUAAAAAAUGCAACCACAAGGAAACUUCUUCAAGAAGUCAGUGAACACAAACACCAUCAUCAUAGACAUCGAAGUCAUAAAACUGUCGCUCCUGCUUCAGCACCAUCGCCGUCACCAGCACCAUCACCGUCACCAUCACCAAAUUCACUGCCUCCCUUCUUCCGGUCAAAAUCAUUAUCAUCUCCUUCACCAUCUCCCUCAUCAGAAUCAUUUCCGCCGGCCCCCACUCCCCCUCGAAUUAAUCAUGCUUCUACUCAGAAUCUUCUUAACUCGGCAAAAUCUCUUCCUCCUAAUGAAGCUCACCCUCCCUCGAGAAAAAAGCACCACAUUCCCUUGAUAGUCUUAUUGUCAGUUGCAGCUGGUUCUUUCUUUAUAAUAGUGCUAUCUGUUAUAUAUUGCUUUUGUUGCCGAGCCAACAAAGUUGUCGCUGUUAUGCCUUGGAGAACCGGCUUAAGUGGGCAGUUACAGAAAGCAUUUGUGACAGGUGUACCUUCCCUAAAACGGUCAGAGCUAGAAUCAGCUUGUGAAGAUUUUAGCAAUGUUGUCGGCUCUUUAUCAGAUUGUUUUCUGUACAAGGGAACACUAUCAAGUGGAGUUGAAAUUGCAGUUAUGUCUAGUAUCAUAACUUCUGUCAAAGAUUGGUCAGAUCAUUAUGAAGCCCAAUUCAGGAAGAAGAUAUCGGUGUUGUCCAAAGUGAACCACAAGAAUUUUAUGAACCUUAUUGGAUUUUGUGAGGAGAAGGAGCCUUUCACCAGGAUGAUGGUUUAUGAGUAUGCACCCAAUGGGACGCUUUUCGAACACUUGCACAUUAAAGAAGCAGAUCACUUGGACUGGGCUGCUCGCUUAAGGAUCAUCAUGGGCAUAGCAUACUGUUUAGAUCACAUGCACCAACUUAACCCCCCCUUAGUUCUCAGAAACCUAAACUCCUCUUCCAUUUAUCUCUGCGAAGAUUAUGCUGCCAAAAUAUCUGAUCUUUCAUUUUGGAAUGAGGAAAAAGAAUCUGACCAAUCUUUUGAAACCUCGGGAGUUCUUGAUUCCAAAUUAUCAACACAAGAAGGAAACAUCUACAAGUUUGGAAUCAUAUUGUUAGAAAUAAUAUCAGGAAGGCUACCUUUUUGUGAGGAUGAUGGGCUGCUUGUGCUCUGGGCUUCAAGUCAUCUAAAUGGGAAGAGGCGACUUAUGGAUAUAGUUGAUACAACUCUAGAAUCUUUCAAUGAAGAAGAUGUUGUUGCUCUUUGCGAAGUAAUAAAAUCGUGCAUAAAUCAAGAUCCUAAGAAGAGACCGACAACGGGAGAGGUUGUUGCUCAGUUGAGGGAGAUCACGGCAAUGUCACCCGAUGCAGCUAGUCCAAAAUUGUCACCACUGUGGUGGGCAGAGCUCGAGAUUAUUUCUACAGAGAGUAACAGCUUACAAUAGAUGUUGGUUUUAUUUGCGAAGAGAAUAAAAUUUCAUUUUGGAGGGUUUAUUUUUGUCAAAUAUUUUUUUACACCUCUGCGUUUGUUGUUCAUAUUUUGUGAUUAUUUUUUAAACAUUGUACAUAUUUGCAAGCUGGCGGGAGCUUGCUUGUCACUGCUUGUGCAGAACUAAGAUGAUAUUUGAAUUAGUAAAGAUAAUUUUUUUUA